CAGGGAGCUGCGGAGGAGGGAUUUCUGUGAAGUGCACAGCGGAUGUUGUGAACAGAAGUAAACAUGGAUCAGACAGGAGAAGCCACCAGCCUGAAUGUCCUCACCUACCACAGAGAGCUGCUGGUGUCCAGGCUGAGGAGCACUCAGUGCAUCCUGGACAACCUGCUGGCCUGUGGCUUCCUCUGUGAGGAGGAUGCUGAGAUUGUACAGCAAACCGUCACCAGGACAGAUCGGGUGCGAAAAAUCUUGGAGCUCGUCCAGUGCAAAGGGGAGCAGGCCUGUCAGUACUUUAUGUUCAUCAUAUAUAAAGUAUGUGAUGCGUACAUAGACCUCCAGCCGUGGCUGAAAGAGAUCAACUUCAACCCGAGCGGCGCCAUCACGGUGAUGGAGGUGGUCAACACAGAUCCCAUCAGCAGGUAUUGUGAGAAGUUGAGGCAUGAAAUGAGCCAGGACACCUGCUUCAUCAUGUCGUACGGCCAGCGAGAGGAGACCCGUCUAGAGGACCUCUACACGGACACUGUGAUGGAACUGUUGAACGAGUGCAAUGAAAGCCUGGGCUUUGUGGAGAGCCUGGACCAGCUUCUUGGGGACCACGCCGUCUUCAAUCCUCAAGGGGAAAUCAUCUAUCUGAUGGGGGAUGCCGGCAUAGGAAAAUCCAUUCUCCUGCAGAAGCUGCAGAACCUCUGGUCCAAGAAGGAGCUGCAGACGGAUGCCAUCUUCUUCUUUAAGUUCCGCUGCAGGAUGUUCAGCAUCUUCAAGGAGACGGAGCAGAUCUCCCUCAGAGACCUUCUGUUCAAAUACAACUGUCACCCAGAUCACGAUCCAGAUGAUGAAGUGUACGAUUACAUCCUGCGCUUCCCAGAGAAGGUUCUUUUUACAUUUGAUGGCUACGACGAGAUUCAAGAGGAUAUAGAUCUGAUGAAUGUCCCUGAAGUGGUCUCACCAGAAGCCAAGGCGCAUCCCCUCCAGCUGCUGGUCAGCUUGCUCUGCGGGAAACUUCUCAAGAGCUCCCAGAAGGUGCUGACGGCCCGGACAGGGAUUGAGAUCCAGAGCAGGGUGAUCAGGAAGAAGGCGGUUCUGCGAGGGUUCUCCCCAACUCACCUGAAGACCUACAUCGAUCUGCACUUUAAGGAGCAGGAACACCGGCAGCUGGUGUCAGUUCAGCUGGAUGCCAGCCCCCACCUCUGCGGACUGUGCUGCACCCCGCUCUUCUGCUGGAUUGUAUUCAAGAGCUUCAGGCAUCUGCACACCAUGCACGAUAGUUUUCAUCUGCCCGACACCUGCAUCACGCUCACCGGCAUCUUCCUCCUGCUGUCGGAGGUGUUCCUCAGCCGCUCGGCCUUGCCGGCUCCGUCUCUGCUGAAGAAGAGCACCCGCUGCGCCUCAGAAACAUUCAAAGCAGGACUGAAACCGCUCGUUGCAUUUGCAAAGCUGGCGCUUCAGGGGAUGGACAGAGGGAGCUUCAUUUGUAACCAAGAGGAGGUCACAGCGUGUGGUCUGAGCGAGGAGGACCUACCCCUGGGCUUCCUCAGACCCGCCAGUGAGUACGACGCCAGUGGAGGCCCUGCAAACUUUGAGUUCCUCCACAUCACCCUGCAGUCUUUCUUGGCGGCGUUUGCUCUCGUGUUGGAUGAAGAGGGUGCUGCCAACUCCAUCCUCAAGUUCUUCACAGAGUGCAGCAGGAAGAGGAAACCGUCUUGUCUGCUCUUUGACAUCUGUAUCAGUGACAAUUCAAAGCCCAGCGAAAAGAAACUGUUUGCAACCAAUGAGCACCUUCAGUUCACUAACCUCUUCUUGUGUGGACUCCUCUCCAAGGCUCACACUGGCCUGAUGGAGCACCUGGUGUCUCCUGUGGUACUAAAGAAGAAACGAGCCUUGCUAAAAUCUUACCUGUCCACUAGUGUGAAGUCCCACCUCCACGGCUUACCCCACUAUAAUGGCGACGAAGGCAAGAAGGUCCAUGUUUUGCCCAACUUCCUGUGGAUGCUGAGGUGCAUCUUUGAGACAGGCAGCAAAGACAUAGCUCAAAUGACGGCCAAAGGCAUCACAGCGAGCUUCAUCAAGCUGGGUUACUGUAACGUUUACUCGGGCGACUGCACCGCCCUAAACUUUGUGCUGCAACACCGUCAGAAACUCCUGGGGCUCGACAUGGAUAACAACAACAUCAGUGACUAUGGGGUGAAACAGCUGAAGCCUUCAUUCUGUAAGAUGACAGUGGUGAGGUUGUGCGUCAAUCACCUGUCAGACAGCAGCAUCGAGGUUCUUGCAGAGGAGCUGUGUAAGCACAAAGUUGUGGAGGUGUUGGGACUUUACAACAAUCACAUCACAGAUGUUGGAGCCAAGCUGGUUGCUCAGAUAAUUGAGGAAUGCCCAAAGCUGCGAGUUGUCAAGAUCGGUAAAAACAAGAUCACAAGCGUUGGUGGGAAGAAUCUGGCCAGCGCCAUUCAGAAGAGCUCUUCUAUAUUUGAUGUGGGGAUGUGGGGGAACAGCAUCGGUGAUGAAGGAGCAGAAGCGUUCGCAGAAGCUUUGAGGCACCACCCGAGUCUGACCAACCUCAGUCUCUCAGCGAAUGGCAUCACAUCAAAAGGCGGGAAGGUCCUGACAGAAGCUCUGACAGAGAACAGCGUCCUCAGGAUAUUCUGGUUGGUGCAGAACGAGCUGACCGACGAUGCAGCUCCACACUUGGCUGAGUUGGUGAAAGCGAACUCGGGUUUAACUCACCUCUGGUUAAUCAGCAACCAGUUCACUGUGCACGGGAUCAAACACCUGGCUGAGGCGCUGACUCACAACACAAUACUCAAAGAGAUCUGUGUGAAAGGAAACCAGCUCUGUGCAGAGGAAGAGAAACAGUUUGUGGCAGAGAAACGGCUGCGGUUCCACUGACGGCUGGCACAUGCCGACUUAUGUCUGUACGGGAGUAAAGAUGUGUGUGUGUGUGUGUGUGUGUGUGUUCACUGUAAGUGAUCAGGUUUGGUUAUACUUUAUGCUUUCACCUGGCUGCGACUGUUUGUCUGCUGCAGCACAAAUUCACACUAAUUGCUUUAAUGUAAAUAUUAUACGUUCAUCACCUGCUAAUAAGUGAAACUGAACAUGUUUCUAUCUGAGGAUGUUUACCUGAAGUUUUCACAAAAUGUUUGGAAGUUACAGAAAAGGGAAGUGGAAGCUCUGAUAAACAUGAACAGACAACUUCCUGCUUCAUGAACCUUUGUAUAGAUUUUAAGUACAUAUUUUGUUGUGUAUGAAUACACUGUACACUUCAUGUUAUUUAUAUUUUGACUGUUGGUGUUGCUGGCUGGUGGAGCUUCAGUCAAGAUGACAACAUGAUUAUAAUGUUCGUGUGAUAGAUACACAGAUACCAAAGUGGUAACUGAGGAAACUCAAUAUAUAUAUAUAUAUAUAUAUAUAUAUAUAUGGAUGAUUGUUAACUAUAAUUAAGGACUGAAUGAUGUCCAAAAAAAUAUUGCAAUCAUUUUGGCAGAUAUGACAAUUGCAAUAUAAAUCAUGAUUUCAGUUGGAUUGGUCAUUUUGCAUUCAUUUCAUCCUGUACAAAACAAACAUGCUCCUUCUGGAGAAUAUGCUUUGUAGACCAGGUCAUCUCUGUAGCACCACAGUGCUUCACUUACGGUAUGUUGUUGUGACACAUUUUACUUUUAUCAAAAUAAUUGCAGCUCCUGUGAUUUGGAUAUUGCAUGUAGCCACAUUGUGAUUUCAAUAAUAUUUCAAUUAAUUGUUCAGCCCUACAAUGAAGUUUGGUGUAUGGUGUUUGACAUCAGUGUCGGCAGAGGGCUGUGCUCUGAGUGCCCUCCUUGUUAAAGAAGCAAUUAAAAGCUCCAUACAGUAUAAAGGUCUCUGUCCAUGUGUAAUGUGAUUAUAGAUCAGGUCUAGGUUCUAUAUUAAUACUGUGAAAGUAUCAAAGCCUCAGUCCACAGAGAAAUGCACACAGCCUGUAUUCAGAAACUGAGCCUUAAAACCAGCCGUCAGGACUUUGUGAUGUCACACAAAGCAGUCAUCAAGCCCCUCCCACCGAGACCCACCAUCCAACCUUGCAGGAUUUGGUUUCUCUGAGUCUUUAACUGACACCUGCUAUAUUUUAGUGACUGACUGACCUGUUGUUACUAGAGCUCCAGAGAGAAGCCUGAGAGAGGAUGUAAAACAUUGAGAUGGACACAGGAGAAGAAGAAAAUAUGGAGCUUUAGAAAAACAUAGAAUCAAAGCAGCAGAGGCUGAGACCCAAGUGUGGGUCAAGCUCCAAAAAUACUAGAUCCCAAAAUUUCCAUAAUGUAAUGUGAUAGCAUCUUUCCUUACACCCUCCUUGCCUGGUGUGCAUGUCUGGUGAAUAUAUACAUGUGUGAGUAACUGGCUCAUCACCACAGUCACUGUCAAUGAUUGACCACAGCUGUAGGAGUCUGAAGAAACAAGCCU